AUGUUGAACUUUGUUGAGAUGAGAGAAAAGCGAGCAAUGAGAAUGCAAAGACUAAGAACGCUGCUGAAAAUGGAACACUUGCAAUGCGGCCGUUUCUAUGGGUUUACCGCAUUACAAAUGAAACUCUGGGAGACGGUUGUCUUUGUCAUUGAAAAUUCAAUCAUCUCUCGCCUGAGGAAGAAAUGCUUAAGGUACAAACAAAGGACAAAAGGCUAUCAGAUAAAUGAAAAAAUGUUAACUGAAAAGAGAGGCACAAAGGCUAAUUCCUUCAGCCUAAUGUCAUCUUCUGUUAGACAUUGGGUGGACGCAUAA